AUGCAAUUCAAGACUAUCGUUGCCGCCUUUGCUACUGUUGCCGCUGUCCAAGCCGCUAACACUUCCAAUGCUUCCAAUGCUUCCAAUGCUUCCAACUCUUCCAACGAUACUACCUCCUCUGUCUCCACCGCUGGUGCUGCUAACGCCAACGCCAUGGGUGCUGCUGGUUUGUUCGGUGCUGCCGUCGCUGCCGGUGUUGCUUUCUUAUUUUAA